CACACACACACACACUCAUCCAUUGUUUUAAUUUUCAAGAAAAAAAAACGCCAAGAAAUGUCUUCGACUAUCUCAAGAUUCAGUGGGGCAAUUCCUACGUCUUCUUCCAAACCCAUCGACCAAUCUGUUUUCUUAAAUCCGAUUACAAAAACAUAUUUCCUGAAGAACAAGAAAUCUGCAUGGAGUUUGCAUGGCAGAAGUUGCAGAAGCUUGCAGUACUUGAGCAUGUCUAUAAAUCUGCAAACGGCGACGUUUGUAAGACAAAGCAACGUUAAUCCGCCACCAGAACCUCCUCUUCCUUCUGGAUCCCCUUCUGGUUCUUUGAGAAACUGGGUUGUGGGAUUGGUGUUGACAUUCAUCUUACCUUUUUUCACCCAUAAAUGGGGUUCCUGGCUUCUAUAUAAAAAUCAAGUUGAUCAGAAGCUAGAAAGAACAGAACAUGUUGUAAAAACUGUAGAAAGUGUUGCUGUAAAACUCGAUAAAUUCAUUGAUGGCAUCACCGAUAAUCUUCCAGAAGGUAACAAACUCAGAAAAGCUUUGGAAUUUGCAGACGAGAUAGCUGAAGGAGUCGCCAAGACUGCUCAUGUAGCAGAUGAUAUUAUCAAUAAGGUGGAAGAAGCUGAAGAUAAAUUGGAAUCGUUGAUUCACCAGGAAAAUUCAAAGGAGGAGAAGAUUCCACAAGACAAAGAGGACCAUGAAAUCACGUCCCAAGAAGAAAAUGAUAACAAGUAAAAUAAAAUACAAUGUUUGGUACGGCUGAAUAGAACAUGAAAUGAACAUAUAUAUAUUUCACAUCAUAAGAGCAUUUACGUUGUUUAGAUUGUUUAAAAACCAUUCUUACAUAUAUCUUACGAAAUAAUAGAACAAUUCAUUUUGUUUCAAACAAAACUUCUCACAUGAGAACCGAAGGAAAAGCUAUAAGUCCAUUUUCACACUCAUUUACUUGUAAUUUUUGUAUAACCGUAUGGAGAUAAUCGA